AUGGAAUCGGAGAUGGAUAUGGAAUCGCGGUACGUGUUGAUCAAUGUGAUCAGCCGAGGUGCUUACGGCAAGGUGUACAGGGCUUGCGACAAGAACACCGGCAGAUUUGUCGCAAUCAAGCACGAGUUCGACGGUUUCACGAAAUCAACAAUCAGAGAGAUCAACAUCCUGCAAUCGCUUCCUCCACACCCCUCGAUCGUCGGUUACAACGGAUUCUAUGUCGACAAAUCCAACAACGUCCUUGUCGUGAUGCAGUACAUUGAGAAAGACCUCAAGAAAUUCAUCUCGGGCGACACUUGUUUCAAAACUAUACGUGAAGCCAAAAUAGUGAUGAAACAAAUACUCGAGGGGGUGCGGUAUCUGCACGAUAACGGGUUGAUGCAUCGGGAUUUGAAGCCGUCGAAUAUACUAAUAUCCACCAGCGUGUAUGGUUACGAUCAAGCGAAGAUAUGCGACUUUGGUUUGUCUAGAACAACAACGUCUUACGACAAACAAGGAGGAUGUUAUACCCCGCGCGUGGGAACUCUAUGGUACAAAGCACCGGAAUUGCUUGUUGGAUCGGAGGACAACAAUUAUUAUUGGUGUGCAGUGGAUAUGUGGUCGGUGGGUUGUAUUAUGGCCGAACUUUUUAUAAAGGAUGCUCUAUUCAAAGGGGAUAGUGAAAUUGAUCAGUUGAUAAAAAUAAAGAAUCUAAUGAAGUCGAUAUCAGCAUCGUUGAGUCUAAAGUUUACGAUUGCUAAAUUAGUCAAAGGAUCUCCACACCCCGGCGAUUUAGGAGUUGACCUAGUCGAGAAGCUUUUGGCGUUCUACCCCAGUCAGAGAAUUACUGCACAAGCUGCUCUCAAUCACCCUUGGUUCAAUGAGGAUUGA